GUCGUCAUUAGUGAGUGUUUCUCUUUUUGUCUUGAUUCCUUUAAUAAUUAGCACAAAUUUUUUUAACCCAUUUCUGCUAUAAAUCUUGCUUAUAUUGCCAUUUGCUGGUCUCGACAUCAACAUUUCUUGCUCUGUUCUUUCUCCUUUCUUUCUUUAAUUUGACUGUAAAUUAGACUUCUUUCUUGAUCUGUGAAGAACUCAAGAAAGGAGCAAGAUAAUCAUGAUUAGCAAUCAAGAACUGAUUGUAAAUGAAGAGUCUAAUAAGGAAGGACCUCAAACUUCCAUAUCCAAUAAUUCUGCAAUCCAAAAUGGCAGACCAAGCAGCAUGGUGAUUAAGAAAGCACAUAGGGUAAUCCCAGCUCACUUAAUAGCUGAAGCUAUAUCAACUCUUCGAGGUCUUGACCUGAGAUGGUCAGGACCCAUUACUCCUAGCGAAAUGGAGUAUGUAAGACAGUAUGUGUUUGCUAAAUAUCCUCAAUAUUGCAAUGGAAUUGUAGAAGAAGGAGAAACAAUUGAUCUUUCUAAUCUUUCUAUCAAUGAAGAAUCAUCGGAAACUUCUCCUGACGAAAAGCGCAGUUCUCCCAAGAAAGACUCUUCUCCUUCAUUCACUCGUAGCCUUUCCGAUCUUGAUAAAACACAAUUAGAAUCCUCAAGACUGGUAGAUAUACUUUCCAAGAAAACUUCUUUUCCAGGAAACUUCAUUUCAAUUCCUGAAAUCCAAGCUCGAAAUAAAGCCUUGAAACAUUGUGGCCUAAGUGAAAAUGAUUACUCAGUCAUUUUCAUGCCAAAUUAUAGAGAUGUUAUGGUUUUGAUUGGAGAGAGCUACCCUUUCUUCAGGGGAAAUUACUACAUGACAAUUCUUGGCGAAGAACUUGACGCGAUAAGGGAAUUUGCAGGUCAUAAGGAGGCGAAGGUGAUUCCAAUGCCAGAAACUUGGUUGGAUUUAAGGAUUAAAGGGUCACAACUUAGCCAGUAUUUUAGAAGGAAGUGUAAGUAUACACCUAAAGGGCUGUUUUCUUAUCCAGUUAUUGUGAAUGGGACUAGAUAUUCUCUGCAUUGGAUUUCAGAGGCACAUAGAAAUUCUUGGCAUGUUCUUCUUGAUGCAACUGGCUUGGAUUUCGGAGAGGAGCGGCUUGCUCUUGCCCUUCACCGGCCGGAUUUUGUGCUCUGUACACUUGAUAAUACACAUGCUCAGCCUUCAAAAGUCACUUGUCUCUUGGUCAGGAAAAUUUCAUUUGAUACUUCAACUUCUUUGCCCUAGCUUAGGUUCUUAUAUUGAAAAGUUGAAAAAUAUAUUGCUGUUUUAGUAAGGACUCAACAAGAGAGUAGCCUGAACUAUUUUUCUGUAUUUGCUCCUUUUCAAAGAAAUCAUAUUGCCCAUGAUUGUUUUUUUUUU